CCUGCACCGGGCAUCACCGCACUCCUGCGGCGGGAGGGGCGGCUGUACGGCCGGGAUGCGACCCCCGUGCUUGACUACCCACAGUCAUCGACCUGCUGAUGGUGAGCGAGGCCCGGCAGAUGGCCAGCAUAACGCACAAGAUCCGGAUGGAGCUCCUGACAGUGAACGAUGUUUACCUCCUCUCCACCUUCCGCCUCCCCCCCAAGCAGGGGGGGACCCUCUUCGGCCUCUACUCCAAGAAGGACAACACAAAGUGGCUGGAGGUCUCUGUGGUGGGGAAAAUCAACAAAGUCCUGGUGCGGUACCUGCGGGAAGACAACAAGCUGCACUCGGUCAACCUGCAGCACGCGCACGUGGCGGACGGGCAGAGCCACACCAUCAUCGUGCGCCUGAGCGGGCUGCGCGGGGACAUGCUGAGCAUGGAGCUCUACGUCGACUGCAAGCAGAUGGACUCCAGCGUGGGGCUGCCCGAGCUGUCGGAAAUCCCCCUGGCAGAGGUGGAGUCCAUCGAGGUGCGCACGGGGCAGAAGGCCUACCAGAGGAUGCAGGGGUUCGUGGAGUCCAUGAAGCUGAUCCUGGGAGGGUCCAUGAGCCGUGUUGGGGCCCUGAGCGAGUGCCCUUUCCAAGGAGAUGAGUCCAUCCACAGUGCAGUGACAAGUGUGCUGGCCUCCAUCCUGGGUGAGCAGACCAAGGCGCUGGUCACGCAGCUGACCCUCUUCAACCGGGUCCUGACCGAGCUGCGAGAAGACAUUAGGGACCAGGUGAAGGAGAUGUCUCUGAUCCGCAACACCAUCAUGGAGUGCCAGGUCUGCGGCUUCCAUGAGCACCGGUCCCGCUGCAACCCCAACCCUUGCUUCAGCGGCGUGGACUGCAUGGAGACGUACGAGUACCCUGGGUACCGCUGCGGGCCCUGCCCGCCGGGGCUGGAGGGCAACGGCACACACUGCGCUGACAUCGAUGAGUGUGCUCAUGCCAACCCCUGCUUUCCUGGCUCCAAGUGCAUCAACACAGCCCCUGGCUUCCGCUGCGAGCCCUGUCCCCGUGGCUACCGAGGCAACACCAUCUCUGGUGUGGGGGUAGACUACGCGAGGGCCAGCAAGCAGGUUUGCACAGAUAUUAACGAAUGCACCGAUGGAAACAACGGGGGCUGCGACCCCAACUCCAUCUGCACCAACACACUGGGCUCCUACAAGUGUGGUCCCUGCAAGUCAGGGUUUGUGGGGAAUCAGACAUCUGGCUGCGUCCCUCAGAAGUCCUGCAGCACUCCCACCUCCAACCCCUGCGACAUCAAUGGCUUCUGCGUGUUCGAGAGGAACGGUGAAAUUUCCUGCGCGUGCAACGUGGGCUGGGCUGGCAAUGGCAACGUGUGUGGGCAAGACACGGACCUCGAUGGCUACCCAGACGAGCCCCUGCCCUGCAUCGACAACAACAAGCACUGCAAGCAGGACAACUGCCGCCUGACACCGAAUUCAGGGCAGGAGGACGCUGACAAUGAUGGCAUCGGAGAUCAGUGUGAUGAUGACGCUGACGGUGAUGGCAUCAAGAAUGUAGAGGACAACUGCCGGCUCUUCCCCAACAAGGACCAGCAGAACUCAGACACCGACUCCUUCGGGGAUGCCUGCGACAACUGCCCCAACGUGCCCAAUAAUGACCAGCGGGACACAGACAGCAACGGCGAGGGGGAUGCUUGCGAUAACGACAUCGAUGGGGACGGGAUCCCCAACAUGCUGGAUAACUGCCCUAAGGUGCCCAACCCUCUGCAGACCGACCGGGAUGAGGAUGGUGUCGGGGAUGCCUGUGACAGUUGCCCUGAAAUGAGUAACCCCACUCAGACAGAUAUGGAUAGCGACCUGGUAGGAGACAUCUGUGACACCAACGAGGACAGCGAUGGGGACGGGCAUCAGGACACCAAGGACAACUGCGCCGAGAUCCCCAACAGCUCCCAGCUGGACUCAGACAAUGACGGGCUGGGGGAUGAAUGUGACAAUGACGAUGAUAACGAUGGCAUCCCUGAUUACACGGCACCUGGCCCAGACAACUGCCGCCUCAUCCCUAACCCCAACCAGAAGGACUCGGAUGGGAACGGUGUGGGCGAUGUCUGCGAGGAGGACUUCGACAACGACACGGUGGUGGACCAGCUGGACGUGUGCCCUGAGAGCGCCGAGGUGACACUGACUGACUUCCGUGCCUACCAGACUGUCAUCCUCGACCCAGAGGGGGAUGCCCAGAUUGAUCCCAACUGGGUUGUUCUCAACCAGGGCAUGGAGAUUGUGCAGACCAUGAACAGUGACCCGGGCUUGGCUGUUGGCUACACGGCCUUCAACGGGGUGGACUUCGAGGGCACCUUCCAUGUCAACACUGUCACCGACGAUGACUAUGCCGGCUUCAUCUUCAGCUACCAAGAUAGUGCCAGCUUCUACGUGGUGAUGUGGAAGCAAACGGAGCAGACAUACUGGCAGGCCACCCCCUUCCGGGCCGUGGCGGAGCCAGGGCUGCAGCUCAAGGCAGUGAAGUCCUCCACGGGCCCUGGGGAGCACCUGCGCAACGCGCUGUGGCACACGGGCCACACGCCCGACCACGUCCGCCUGCUCUGGAAGGACCCCCGCAACGUGGGCUGGCGGGACAAGACGUCCUACCGCUGGCAGCUGGCACACAGGCCCCAGGUGGGCUACAUCAGGUGA